AUGUCGCGCGCAAAAGAGCUCGACAAUGCUCUCCCUCUCCGUCUCGACAACAAGGAUGUCUGGAUUGCCACCGAGGUCCUGCGGGACGACUACACCCAUUUUCAAUCCGAGGAGGAUGCGAUAGAGUCCGAAAUCGGGCAGGAUAAUCCACACAAGGCAGUUACAGAGCUUGCUACUAACGCCUUACCCAUUGUGUACUCCCUCGCCGCCUCGCUCCAUACCAAUGUCCGCAACAUAGCCUUCAAAGCGUAUCUUGACACCGGCCGACCCGAUGUACGAGGAAUAUAUGUGGAUGCCAGGGGCAGCAAGAAGAAGGGAAGGCGGGCGAUACCCCCCGACCUGUCCAAGCGCAAUGCGAAAAUCCUCAAGUCGGUGCAGCGCCGGGCGCACCACCUCGACAAGGGCCCCUCGAUAUGCGGCCUGCGCUUCGGCUGUACGUUCAUCAUUGGGAUUAUCCCAAUGGCCGGCGACAUCACGAACGCGGCGCUCAACUACACGCUCGGCCUGCGCAAGGCGAAGCAGGGGGAGCUCCCCAGCUGGCUCAUGCAGCGCAUGCUCGUGAACAACGCAAUCAGCACGCCGUUCAUGGUCUCCCACAUCCCGAAGCAGCCGCACGCUCUACGACAUUUGCACCCUUCGUCGCGGCGGUCCGUUCCCAUCGCAGGAAAGGAGCGCCCCCAAAGCCGCUACGCUUACGACCUGAAUACGAUGACUGACAAGGAAGCGCGGAUUGCCGCUGAGGUCUUGCGGGACGAGUUUACUCACGAUCAGGCCGCGGAGGACGCGGUAGAGAUCGCCAUAGGGCUCGAGAACCCACGCAAGGCAGCCGUCGAGCCUGCCACCAUGCGCGGACUAGGGGUCGCCCCCACUCACACCUCCCUGCUCCUUCAUGUCUUCAAGUUCUUCACCUCUGCGUACCCCACCUCCGAGGACCACUCCCUCGCCGCUUCGUUCGACACCGAUGCCCACAAGACGGUUUUCAUGGCGUAUUUUGGCGCGUACGCUGCGCUUGAGGCACGCGUAGUCCCUGUUAACCCGACGCGGCCACAGUCCGUGCUCCUGACUGCCGCCGCCGAGGGUAGCGUGUCCGUCUACGUGAUCUUCGGCGGCCAGGGCACCAGCAAGGUCUACUUCACCAAGGCUCUACGACAUCUACACCCCCUUCGUCGCGACCCUCAUCCGCACGAUCACCAAGCAGUCCCCGGUGGUGUGCCGCAUCGCCGGGCUCACGCCGCGCAAGCUGCGCGCGCGCAGCCGAUCACUCGCAGAGCACCGUCUCGGCAGUCGUCAUCGCUGCCUCGGACAGCUUCUAGUCGCACACGGAGAAUGCACAGAAGACCGUGCGCUGGCUCUUCUACUCGGGCCUCUACGCGCAGCAGGCGUUCUCCCGUCGUCGCCGUCGAGCCGUUGAUCAUCGCGGACUCGGUCGAGGGCGGCGAGGGCGUGCCGAGCACCAUGUUGCUCGUGGCUGGCCUCUUGCUCAAGGUUGUUGAGACGCACCUCUCGAAGGCGAACAGGCAUCUCCCCUUCAGCUUCAAGCUGAACAUCUCCCUCUACUGCAGUCCCAAGCCAUUCAUCAUCACUGGCCCUGCGCGCGCGCUCUACAGCCUCGUGCACAACCUGCGCAAGGUGAAGGCGCCGUCCAGCCUCGACCGGAGCAAGGUUAUCUUUCAUCAGCGCAAGCCCGUCUUUUACGUCCGCUUCCUCAUCGUCGACGCUCCCUACCACUCCGAGUACCUCACCAGCGUCACCGACAAGGUCGCGGGCGAGGACCUGGCUGGCGAGAAGAUUUGGCAGGCCGCCGAUCUUAUGGUGCCAGUCUAUCAGACUGAGAAUGGUUCGGGUCUGCGGGAGUCGAGGUUCAGCAUCAGGCAAAAACUCUGCGGCCAGAUCUUUACGCACGCGCUGCGCUGGGAUCGUGCGACCAACUUCCCCAUAGGCUGUGGACGGGUGGCCGCGCCGGACUUCCACGCGCCCAUCCUGGCGACCUACCGUUCCAUCCGCGCCCACGACAACCUUUUCCUUGUUGGCGGCUCUGGCUUCGGCAGCGGCGAGGACGUCUGGCCCUACCUCACUGGUGAUGGGUCCAAGGAGAUGUUUGGCCUUCAGCCGGUGCCCUUCGACGCUUUCCUGUUUGGCUCUCACGUCAUGGUCGCCAAAGAGGCGCACACCUCUUCCAGCGUCAAGGACCUCAUCGUUGCUGCAUUCGGCUCGCGCUGGGUCGACAUCUCCCUGCGCAACCUCACGGGUGAUUGGAUCCGUCGUGUCGAGGAGCGUUUUGCGGGCAUCAAGGGGACGGGCGACAUUCCGUUGUUGCUUCAGUCCUACACCCUGUCGGACGACACGAUGCCUUUUGUCAAGAGGUUCUUCACCGCGUACCCGCUGGCGAAGGAGAAGCUCCUCGCUACCGACGACACGGCAUACUUCCUCGUCAUCUGCUGCCGCCCGACUGAGAAGCCGGUGCCGCUCAUCUCUGUUCUUGACAACCAGUUUGAGUUCUGGCUCCAGAAGGGCUUCCUCUGGGCUGCACAGGACGUCGACGCUGUUUUCGACCAGGACCCGCAGCGCGUCUGCAUUCUCCAGUUCCCGCUCGCUGUCAAGUCUCGAAGCUACGACAACGAUGAGAGCAAGGCCCCCGUCGUUGACUACCUCGCCGCUCGCCCGAAGUAUGUUCCCUCUCUUCACUCCGCCAAGGCCGACGGCAAGGUCGUCUUCCAGACCGGCGCCACGGUGCCUUCGACGGCCAGCUGGCUCGAGUCCCUCGCCGGCCGCGAGUUGUCGUGGCUCCGCGCCCUCAUCACCUCGAAGACCAUCGUUCAAGGCGGCUCCUACAUCGACAACCCCCUCCGCCGCAUUCUCAUUCCCCGUCCGCAUCAGAAGGUCGUCGUCGACUAUUCCGGCGACGUCCCCUCGCACCUCUCCGCGUUCGGCGCCAUGCGCUCGCACGGUGCCCACGAUCCCGACUUCAAGGCGGUCGACAUCGCGUACGACGCCGCGUCGAAGAAGAUCAGCCUGAUCCUGUUCGAGGAGCGCCGUGGCGUUUCGGUCCCGCUCAACCUCGAAUUCGUCUACAAGCCCGAGCAGGGCUUCGCGCCGAUCCACGAGGUCGCGGAAGGCCGCAACGACCGCAUCAAGACCUUCUACUGGAAGUUGUGGUACGGCGACGACGAGGCGCUGCCCGACAUCGACGUGCGCGACGUCCUGAAGGGCGCCGAGGUCACCAUCAGGGCCGAGGACGUGGAGCAGUUCUGCGCUGUCGUCGGGAACCAGGGAGAGGCCUUCAAGAGCGCGCGUGAGGAGACGCCCAUGGCACCCAUGGACUUCGCCAUUGUCACUGGUUGGCAGGCCAUCAUCAAGUCGAUCUUCCCCUCGACUAUCGAUGGAGACCUCCUGAAGCUGGUCCAUCUCUCCAACGGCUUCCGUAUGGUUGAGGGCGCGUCGCCUCUCCGCGUUGGUGACGUCUGCACCGCAGAGGCUCGUAUUCUCUCUGUCGUCAACUCCGACGCCGGCAAGGUCGUCAAGGUCAAGGGCCACGUUCUUCGCGCUGGCAAGCCCAUCAUCGAGGUCGUCUCGGCAUUCCCCUACCGCGGCAAGUUCACCGACUUCGGCAACACCUUCGAGACCACGGAGGAGCCCGACUACGAGGUUGCUUUGGAGAACGACGCUCAGGUCGGUGUCCUGCAGUCGAAGGAGUGGUUUGAGUGGGAUGAUGACACGCACCCGUUGCUCGCCGGCACGAACCUUAUCUUCCGCGUCCGCACCCAGGUGUCCUACAAGGACAAGAACUCCUUCAGCGACAUGGAGGUCUCCGGCGAGAUCUUCGUCCGCAACCAGCUGAAGGCGCUCGUCAAGAUCGGCACCGUGUCAUUCGAGUCGGACGAGUGCAAGGGCAACCCCGUCGUCGCCUACCUUCAGCGCCACGGCAAGGUACUCAACGCUCAGACCCCUCUCGCGACCGAGUACACCAUGUCGAAGGAGGUCACUCCGUUCUCUGCGCCCCUCACGAACGAGCCGUAUUCCAAGAUCUCCGGUGAUUUCAACCCCAUCCACAUCAACCCGUACUUCGCCUGCUUCGCUUCCCUUCCUGGCACAAUCACGCACGGUCUUUGGUCGAGCGCGGCGACGCGUCGCUAUGUCGAGAACGUUGUUGCUCAGGGUCAUACGAAGCGUGUCCUUGCAUACGACGUCUCCUUCGUCGGCAUGGUCCUGCCCGGUGACUCGCUCAAGGUCAACAUCCGCCACGUCGCGAUGCGGGACGGCAACCUUGUCGUCAAGAUUGUGACUACCAACGACCGCGACGAGAAGGUCCUCGAGGGCUCCGCCGAGGUCGCCCAGCCGCCCACCGCCUACGUCUUCACCGGUCAGGGUUCGCAAGAGCCGGGCAUGGGCAUGGACCUGUACAACAGCUCUCCGGCCGCCCGCGCCGUCUGGGAGGGCGCUGACGCCCACUUGCUUGCCGUUUAUGGUUUCUUCAUUGUCGACAUCGUCGAGAACAACCCGAAGGAGAAGACCAUUCACUUCGGUGGCAUCAAGGGGCAAGCGAUCCGCCAGCGCUACAUGGACAUGACCUACGACACGACCGACAAGGACGGACACGUCAAGACACUCCCCCUCUUCGCCGACAUCGACAUCCGCACCGCCAAGUACACCUUCAGCCACCCCAACGGCCUCCUAUUCGCCACACAGUUCGCGCAGAUCGCCCUCGUCGUCACCGAGAAGGCUGUCUUCGAGGACAUGCGCGUUAAGGGCUUCGUGCAGAGGGACUGUCCCUUCGCCGGCCACUCGCUCGGUGAAUACUCUGCGAUGGCUUCCAUCGCCGACGUUCUGCACAUCUCCGCCCUCGUCGACGUCGUCUUCUACCGCGGCAUAACCAUGCAGCGCGCAGUCGAGCGCGACGAGCAUAACCGUUCGAACUACGCCAUGUGUGCCGUCAACCCUUCGCGCAUAUCCAAGACCUUCACGGACGCAGCACUUCACGAGGUCGUCGACGGCAUCGCCUCGUCGACCAACCGACUCCUCGACAUCGUCAACUUCAAUGUCGAGGGUCAACAAUACGUCUGCGCCGGAGAGCUGGUCGCUCUGCAGACUUUGACCAUCGUCUCGAACUACCUCAAGGUCAAGAAGGUGGACAUCGUGCAGUUGACGCAGCAAUUCAGCGUCGAGAAGGUCAAGGAGAUGCUGUGCGAGAUCAUCAAGUCCUCGCAUGACUCUGCCGUCGAGAAGCAGAAGAGCGAUGGGUACAUCAUCCUUGAGCGCGGCUUUGCGACAAUCCCUCUUCCCGGCAUCGACGUGCCCUUCCAUUCUCGCUACCUCUGGGCCGGUGUCAUGCCUUUCCGCACCUUACAUCCCGGACUUGUCGCUCAGACCUUCGCCAUCUCGCGCGAGUACGCCCAGAUCAUCUACGAUCGCACGUCGUCGCCUCGUCUCGACAAGGUUCUGAAGAACUGGGAGGAGGAGAAAUGGGGCAGCACCGAGAAUCGCCAGAAGCUGGCGUACGUCAUCCUCGUCGAGCUGCUCGCCUACCAGUUCGCAUCACCUGUUCGUUGGAUCGAAACCCAGGACCUUCUCUUCACCGACUUCGCCUUCGAGCGCCUUGUCGAGCUUGGGCCUGGCCCGACGCUCAUCGGCAUGGCAACUCGUACCCUCAAGGCGAAGUACGAGGCGUCCGACGACUCGGUGGGCCGGAAGCGCGCCAUCCUCUGCCAUGCCAAGCACCCGAAGGAGAUCUACUGCCAGUUCGAGGAAGAGCCCGAGGAUGCACCCGCCGAGGAGCCGGCAUCCGCCGACGCACCCGCUGCGCCCUCUGCAGUGCCCGCCGCUGCUGCCGCGCCAGCACCUGUUGUCGCUCCCUCUGGUCCUGUCGCGAACGUGGAGGACGUGCCCAUCAAACCCGUCGACGUUCUUGCCGUCAUUGUCGCGCAGAAGCUGAAGAAGACCGUGAACGAGAUCCCGCUCUCCAAGUCUAUCAAGGACCUCGUGGGGGGCAAGUCCACCCUUCAGAACGAGAUUCUCAGUGAUCUGCAGCUCGAGUUCACGUCCGCUCCAGAGAAGGGCGAGGAGCUGCCUCUCGAGGAACUUGGAUCGUCCCUGCAGUCCAACAGCGGCCUUGGCAAGCACACGUCCGGCCUCGUUUCCCGUCUCAUCGGCGGCAAGAUGCCUGGAGGCUUCAACGCAUCUGCCAUCAAGUCGUACCUCUCGAAGCCCUGGGGCCUCGGACCUCUUCGCGCAGACGCUGUCCUUCUCUUGGGCACGACGAUGGAGCCGCCCAAGCGUUUGGCCUCGAAGGCCGAGGGCCGCGCAUGGGUCGACAGCGUCGUCUCUGCGCUCAGCGUGCCGGCAUCUCUCUCGCCACUCCUGGCGCAGCAUCUGGCGGCGGUGAUGGUGGCGCUGGCCGACCAGCAGAAGUUUGCAGCCCAGCACAUCGAGUUGUACAUGCGCUAUCUCGGCCGCGACUCUCGCGCUAGCGAGCUCGCGUUUGACCAGAAGGCAAACUCACUGGCUCUCCAGGCCAAGCUAGACAGCAUCCUCCGCGAGCACGGCGACACGUACAUCGACGGCAUCCAGCCGGCGUUCGACCCCCUCAAGGCGCGCCACUUCAACUCGUCGUGGAACUGGGCUCGUCAAGAUGCCCUCCUCAUGUUCUACGACAUCAUCUUCGGCCGCUUGACCACCGUCAACCGCGAGAUUACCGCACGCUACAUCCGCUUGCUUAACUUGCGAUCGGAGAAAGGGGAUACCUUCAAGUUGGCCAAGCAUUUCAACCAGCAGCCCAUCGACAACACUCGCAAAGUCGUCGGUAAAGGGCCUUUAUACAGGAAUGUCAUGUUGUCCACCGCGCCGCAUACCAGAGUCACCGUGAAGGGCGAUAUCGUCUACACCGAAGCCGUGCGCAAGGGGGUCCGCAAGGUCGAGGCCUACGUCGAGGAGAUGGCCAGCACCGCCCCCAUUUCUGGCUCUGUCAACAUUGAGAAGGUGCAGGAAGACGUCGCGAAGCUCUGGACUUCGAUGAAGUCGCAACCUAGCAUCACCAAGUAA